GGCACACACCAUUUGAACGGAGAAGGACUGCAACAUCAGGGCUAUAGAGCGCUCGUUGUACGCAUAGGGAGCCCUGACAGAACCGCUCCCUUCCAGACACCGCCUUGGCUCCGCCCCUCCCGUUAUUCUCUGCUGGGUCAUCGCCUCAGGCACGGUAUUUCCGGUGGCUGGAGCCUCAGCACCGUGCACCUCGCUCGGAUGAUUGAUUGAUGCUCGGAGAGCGGCUUCUUCUUCUUCAUCCUCCUCCUCCUCCAGAUGCUACCGAUGCUGCUGCCAGUUUGAGCCCAGGCUAUAGUAGUUGCACUGAUACAGGGAGUCACAAGCUGGAUGACCAUGAGCAGUCCUGGUGUGGUGCUAUUUGUGUGUUUUUUUAGCCAUGUUCUGUCUGGACUCAGGGCAGAUGGUUUCCCAGAAUUCAUCAAAAAGCCCACAGAUGAAAUUGGCGUUUCAGGGGGUGUGGCUUCUUUUGUAUGUCAGGCUACAGGUGAGCCCAAGCCCCGAGUAACAUGGAACAAACGAGGCAAGAAAGUGAACUCCCAACGAUUUGAGACUAUAGAAUUUGAUGAAGGUGCUGGUGCAGUUCUUCGUAUUCAACCUCUUAGAACACCGAGAGAUGAAAAUGUAUAUGAAUGUGUUGCCCAUAACAGUAAAGGUGAAGCUACAGUUAGUGCCAAACUCACAGUCCUCAGAGAGGAUCAACUUCCUCCUGGCUUUCCUAAUAUUGAUAUGGGCCCCCAGCUUAAGGUUGUAGAACGUACAAGAACAGCUACUAUGUUGUGUGCAGCCAGUGGAAAUCCAGAUCCUGAAAUCACCUGGUUUAAAGACUUCCUUCCGGUAGAUCCUGCUGCCAGUAGUGGAAGAAUCAAACAACUAAGAUCAGAGACCUUUGAAAAUACACCAAUUCGAGGUGCCUUACAAAUUGAAAACAGUGAAGAGACUGAUCAAGGAAAGUACGAAUGUGUUGCAACUAACAGUGCUGGUGUUCGCUACUCUUCACCUGCUAAUCUUUAUGUGAGAGAGCUACGAGAAGUUCGUCGUGUAGCUCCACGUUUCUCCAUUUUACCUAUGAGCCAUGAAAUUAUGCCUGGAGGUAAUGUAAAUAUAACUUGCGUUGCGGUUGGUUCACCCAUGCCCUAUGUGAAAUGGAUGAUGGGCACUGAAGAUUUAACCCCAGAAGAUGACAUGCCUGUGGGGCGUAAUGUUCUGGAACUUACCAACGUCAAGGAGUCUGCUAACUACACCUGUGUCGCUAUGUCAAGUCUUGGGGUUAUUGAGUCGGUAGCUCAGAUCACUGUUAAAUCCCUUCCUAAAGCACCUGGGACUCCCGUGGUAACAGAGACUACAGCUACAAGUAUAACAAUUACAUGGGACUCUGGCAAUCCUGAUCCUGUGUCUUACUAUGUUAUAGAAUACAAAUCCAAAACGCAGGAUGGGCCAUAUCAAAUAAAGGAGGAUAUCACAACUACAAGAUAUAGCAUUGGUGGACUCAGUCCUAAUUCUGAAUAUGAGAUCUGGGUGUCAGCAGUUAACUCUAUCGGCCAAGGACCACCCAGUGAACCUGUAGUGACACGGACUGGAGAGCAGGCUCCUGCCAGUGCCCCUCGAAAUGUACAGGCUCGCAUGCUUACAUCUACUACAAUGAUAAUUCAGUGGGAAGAACCCGUGGAACCAAAUGGGCAAAUACGGGGAUAUCGUGUUUACUACACUAUGGAGCCUGACCAGCCAGUCAGCAACUGGUUAAAAUAUAAUGUGGAUGAUAAUCUUUUAACCACAAUAGGAAAUUUACUGGAACAUGAAACUUAUACUGUCAGAGUUUUAGCUUUUACAUCUGUAGGCGAUGGCCCACUCUCUGAUCCUAUCCAAGUGAAAACACAGCAAGGAGUUCCUGGGCAGCCAAUGAAUUUCAGAGCUGAAGCCAAAUCAGAAACCAGCAUUAGUCUCACCUGGAGUCCUCCACGCCAGGACAGUAUUGUAAAGUAUGAAGUGAUUUACAAAGAAGGCGAGAAAGGGCCUGAGAUCAAAAAGACCUUUGACCCAACAACAUCAUAUUUAGUGGAAGGUUUAAAACCCAAUACAGAAUAUUUGUUUCGCCUUGCAGCUCGGUCUCAGCAAGGCCAGGGUGCUUGGACAUCAGAUGUUAAAGAGAGGACCAUGCAGUCUAAACCAUCUGCCCCCCCUCAAGAUGUAAAGUGUGUCAGCACAAAGUCUACCACAAUACUGGUAAGUUGGCAGCCACCCCCACCAGAAAGCCAUAAUGGCAUUCUUGCUGGAUACAGUGUGCGCUAUGGUGCUUUGGACUCUGAGGACCCAGAAGUAAAAGAAGUGCAAGACAUUCCAUCUGAGACCACUGAAAUCCUUCUGGAAGCAUUAGAGAAAUGGACUGAGUAUCGUAUCACUGUUGUCGCACAUACUGCUGUGGGACCUGGCCCGGAGAGCUCGCCCUUUGUUGUUCGCACCGAUGAAGAUGUGCCCAGUGCUCCACCAAGAAAAGUUGAGGUGGAGGUAUUAAACUCUACCGCCAUUAAAGUAUUUUGGCGUUCUCCUGUUCAAAACCGUCAACACGGCCAAAUUCGUGGCUAUCAAGUUCACUAUGUUAAAAUUGAAAAUGGAGAGGCAAAGGGGCUUCCCUUUAUAAGGGAUGUUAUGCUGACCGAUUCUCAGUGGGAAAUGGAUGAUACAGCUGAAUAUGAAAUGAUUAUAGCUGGACUUCAACCUGAAACCUCUUAUUCCAUCACAGUUGCUGCAUAUACUAUGAAAGGAGACGGUGCACGCUGCAAACCAAAGGUUAUCACCACUAAGAGUGCUGUUCCUGGAAAACCUGACUUUUCUGUGCAUCAGACAUCGGAGAGCAGCCUACAAUUACAAUGGGGACCACCAAGUGAGUCAGUUGAGCACAUCCUAGGGUACCGCCUACAGUUUGGGCGCCAUGAUGCUAAAGUUUUAUCAACACUAGAGUUUGGACCUCAACAAAAGACAUACACAGCCACCAAUGUCCAUAAAGGAGCAAAAUACAGUUUUAAAAUGGCGGUCAAAGGCCGGGCGGGCUUUAGUGAGGAAGCUGUAAAAGAGUUUGCCAUACCAGGGGAAGCACCUAAAGGUUACCCUCUAUUGAUUGAGCCUGGCAAUAUCAGUUCUGUAACUAUCCAGCUAAACUGGCUGCCUCCUGUUUUGGCCGAAAAGAAUGGGGAUAUCACCAAGUAUACAGUAGCCUACUGGGUUGCUGAAAUUCCUGAAAAAGUGUUGGAAUUGGACCUACCAUCUUCUCAAAGCUCUUGCUUGCUGAGCAAUCUGAAGCCUAACACUGUGUAUGAAGUCAAAAUACGUGCACACACCAGUAAAGGGCCUGGGCCUUACAGUCCAAGUGUCCAGUACCGCACUUUUCAUCUAAAUCAAGUAAUGCCAAAAAAUUUCAAGGUCAGAAUGGUAACAAAGACUUCUGUUCUCCUUAGUUGGGAGUUUCCUGAAAAUUACAACUCAAUAACACCAUACAAGAUUCAGUAUAAUAUGCAGACAGUGGAUGUAGAUGGACGGACAACAAAGAAGUUAAUUACAAACCUGAAACCCAAAACACAUUAUACUUUUACGCUUACCAAUCAUGGAAACUCCUUGAGUGGUCUUCAGCAGAAUGUCGCUGUCCGCACAGCUCCUAACAUGCUGGGUGUGAAACCUUUGGUAAAUGCAAAGGCGCAACUAGAUGGUAGCAUUACAGUAGUUCUGCCAGAUGUGGAAAUGUCUGAAUCAGUGAGGCAUUACUAUAUUGUAGUAGUACCUUUGAGGAAACUGCGUGGGCAAUUUCUAAACCCUUGGGGAAGCCCCGAAGAAAUGGAUUUAGAGCAGCUAGUUCAGACUAUCACAAAGCAACACCGUCGUAGCUUGCGUUACCUAAGACACCUGGAGUACCCUAAACCAUAUGUGGCAGCUCGGUUCCAGUCUCUGCCUGGACAUUUUACACUUGGAGACCAAAAGAACUAUGAGGGCUUCGAAAACAAGGCAUUGGAAAAUGGACAGAAAUAUGUUUUUUUUAUCAUGGCCAUGCUUGAAAGUGCUGAAGUGAAAAUAUUUGCUGCUAGUCCAUAUUCUGAUCCCAUUCAAGUAGAAGAUCCAGAUCCUCAACCAAUUACUGAUGGUGAAGAAGGCCUGAUUUGGGUUAUCGGACCAGUUUUAGCUGUUGUUUUCAUAAUCUGCAUCGUGAUUGCUAUACUUCUCUACAAAAACAAACCAGACAGCAAACGGAAAAACUCAGAACCCAGGACCAAAUGUUUACUGAAUAAUGCAGAGAUCACCCCUCACCAUCCAACAGAUCCAGUGGAGAUGAGACGCAUUAAUUUUCAGACUCCAGAUUCUGGUCUCAGCAGUCCCCUCAGUGACCAUGAAUUUGACUUUGAAAGCAUGCUUAAUCACCCACCAAUACCAAUUGCUGAACUCUCUGACCACACAGAACACUUAAAAGCCAAUGACAACCUAAAAUUAUCUCAGGAAUAUGAGUCAAUUGAUCCUGGACAGCAGUUUACAUGGGAGCACUCCAACCUUGAAGUCAACAAACCCAAAAAUCGUUAUGCUAAUGUUAUCGCCUAUGAUCACUCUCGGGUUAUCCUUAUGCCUGUUGAAGGAAUUCUUGGCAGUGACUACGUCAAUGCAAACUAUAUUGAUGGGUACCGAAAACAAAAUGCAUACAUAGCUACACAAGGUCCUCUACCAGACACCUUUGGAGACUUCUGGCGGAUGGUAUGGGAGCAGCGUUCUGCCACUAUAGUGAUGAUGACACGACUAGAGGAAAAGUCUCGGAUUAAAUGUGACCAGUAUUGGCCAACACGAGGUGCAGACACGUAUGGAAUUAUUCAAGUAACACUAUUAGACACCAUUGAAUUGGCAACAUUUUGUGUACGAACUUUCUCCCUUCAUAAGAAUGGAUCAACUGAAAAGAGAGAGGUCCGACAAUUUCAAUUUACAGCCUGGCCAGACCAUGGAGUUCCAGAGUAUCCAACUCCAUUCCUUGCAUUCCUCAGAAGAGUAAAAACAUGUAAUCCUCCUGAUGCAGGACCGAUCAUUGUUCACUGCAGUGCUGGAGUUGGGCGAACUGGGUGUUUUAUAGUCAUUGAUGCAAUGCUAGAAAGAAUAAAGCAUGAAAAAACAGUAGAUAUUUAUGGACAUGUGACACUAAUGCGCUCACAGAGAAAUUACAUGGUACAGACAGAAGAUCAGUACAGCUUUAUCCAUGAUGCCUUGUUUGAAGCUGUGGCAUGUGGGAACACAGAAGUUCCAGCAAGAAAUCUGUAUACAUAUAUUCAGAAGUUAGCUCAGAUUGAGGUUGGAGAACAUGUUACAGGCAUGGAGCUAGAGUUCAAGCGCCUUGCCAAUUCAAAAGCUCACACUUCAAGAUUCAUCAGUGCCAAUCUUCCAUGCAACAAAUUUAAGAACCGCCUUGUUAAUAUCAUGCCAUAUGAGACCACAAGAGUUUGCCUGCAGCCAAUCAGAGGAGUGGAAGGUUCAGAUUAUAUUAAUUCCAGCUUUAUAGAUGGAUAUAGACAACAAAAAGCCUAUAUUGCAACACAAGGACCUCUUGCAGAAACCACAGAAGAUUUCUGGAGGAUGCUUUGGGAAAAUAACUCCACAAUUGUUGUAAUGUUAACAAAACUUCGAGAAAUUGGCAGAGAAAAGUGCCACCAGUAUUGGCCAGCUGAGCGAUCUGCUCGAUAUCAAUAUUUCGUUGUGGAUCCAAUGGCUGAAUACAACAUGCCUCAGUACAUUUUAAGAGAGUUUAAAGUCACAGAUGCCAGGGAUGGUCAGUCUCGUACAGUACGACAAUUUCAAUUUACUGAUUGGCCAGAACAAGGCGUGCCAAAAUCAGGAGAAGGUUUUAUUGACUUCAUUGGCCAAGUACACAAAACUAAGGAACAGUUUGGUCAAGAUGGUCCAAUAUCAGUCCAUUGCAGUGCUGGUGUUGGCAGGACAGGGGUUUUCAUUACCCUCAGUAUCGUCUUAGAAAGAAUGCGCUAUGAGGGGGUUGUAGAUGUUUUCCAAACGGUAAAGAUGCUGCGAACUCAAAGACCAGCAAUGGUACAGACAGAGGAUGAAUACCAGUUUUGUUACCAAGCCAGUUUGGAGUAUCUGGGCAGCUUUGAUCACUAUGCAACAUAAGAAGCCAUUAUGAAUAAGUGAACAUGAUCAACCACUGAUAAUGAUGCAGUCUCUGCUGACCCUAUUAAAAAGAGUAAUCCUAUAAACUUUAAAAGAAAAAAAGGGGCUGGCAUCAGGGAUGGGAGGUUACUGAAAACAUUUCUACAGACUUCACAUUCAGAACUCCGUGGUGCAGAGCUUAUUUUUGACACUUGGGUCAAUUCUAUUUCAAAAUGCUUUUGGUUCUGAUACCUCAAGCCCUUUUCUUAAGUAUACAUGGAUCUCAAACCGGAAGUGGUGCUCUCAGAUUGCAUAACAAUAUAUGUUCUUUAUUAGAAGAAUAGGAGAAAAUAAUGUGGCAACCCUGAGGUUCAUGUUAUUUGAGUAUUUUAAAGUAGAACUGUUUGGGCAGAAUAACAGCAAUGUUCUUGUGAAACGGUAAAAUUUAGUUAUGUAUGCUUGUGUCUUAACAGAGAGCCUUUGUUGAAAAAAAAAAAAGAAGAAAAACACUCAAGCAAAAAGUGAAAUUAGGCAGGCCCUUGGUGUAAACGAUGGCAUGGAUUAAUUGUAAUUUACCUGCAGAGCCACUACAACCUGCCUCUGACUUGAAACAUUCCUUGUAAAUCGUGAUUAUGUUCAAACAUAUUACUAACAGCUCACACAUAUCCUUUAUUAAGUCCUGCAAAAGGCCUCAACCUUCUAAAUCUUACUGAUCUUGGCUCUUAUAGAUAAGAGUUCACAAAACUUUCAUUUGGAAGAAGAUAAGACAGAAAUUUGCUGCAGACUGGCAGUUUUCUGACUGCAGCCAACUUGUGUUUUUCUAUGUACAUGAUGCAGUGUCCACAACCACAAGAGUGUGGCUUGUAUAAUACUUUUGGGUGUAUGCCAGUAGCUUGCUUUAAGUAUUGUAUUUGUAUCCAUUCAAGUGACAUUAAAAUUAGACUCCUUUUUUAUAUUGUGGUUCCUUUUGUAAAUAGAUUAAUGUCCAUGAAAUGAAGAAAUGUGCUGCUGUCCAUAUUCUGUUCAAAUACUAUUUUUUCACUGUGGAGAUGUUAAGCGUGAAGGGAACUACAUAUACAGGUCAACAUCACACUACUUUUCUACUCCAGAUCAUAGAAGGAUCCUCAUACAUACAUAUACGUAUGUACAUACAUUUUUAGCAUAUCAUUCUGACAGAGGAACUUGGGCUUUUCAUAAAUGUACCAAAAUAUUUAUUACUGAAACAGGUGGGGGACAUAAAAUAGCAGCUCAACAACUAGUUUUACACGUCUCUUCUAUUGCCCAUUUAAUUUAUAGUAAUAUCCAGCGUAGAAGUAAAAGAACAGAUGGUAUGAUACACUCAUAUAUAUAUAUAUAUAUAUAUAUAUAUAUAUAUAUAUAUAUAUAUAUAUAUAUAUACACACAUGUGCAUAUAUAAUCUCUUUAUUUGCAUUAGGGACUACCCAUCUAAAACUGAAUUGUGCUACUUGGCAAUUAUGAAAGACUGUUCUCACUGGCCCCCCACGUUAGUGCCAGUACUGAAAACCCUACAAACGUUUUUCAUGCUAUAUUGCAUCUGUUGCUCAAGACUUUUCAUUUUGUGGAACAAUCAGUAAGAUUUUGUUAAUACUGUAGUUAAGCAAGCCAUGUAAACCUAACAAAAGGGCAUUCUGAAUAUGAUGCAAAAGGCACUUGCACUGCUUAAGUUUUUUUUUUUUUUGAGAAGUUAAAAAGGUGAGAAAUAUGUUCCCAGUUCAGGGUAAAUUGCAUUUAGCAAUAUGGAAGCCGCUUUUAUGAUAUCAAUAUUAGCUUCAAGCCUCUGUUCAUCUUAAUCACCAAAAGCAAAUGUCUUUAUAACUGAAGGUACAGCAGAAAUGUGAUGUAUUGAUUAUAUUAUACUGUACAAGUAGAAAUAUCAACUUUGUAUUAAAGCCUGAAAUGACAAAA